AUGAGGAGGAACCAUAUUGCUUCAGUAAUGAGAAGUAAUGGGAAGCCUACUUCCUCUUUACAACAAAUUGCUGAUGAGUUCCUGGAAUUUUACAAGGGUCUGUUGGCAACUGAAGAGGUCUGUACAGAUGUGGAUCCUCUUGUUGUUGCUAAAGGUCAGAUUUUGAGUGACAAUCAUCUUGUUCAGAUGGUUAGAGAUAUUGAGGAUGAGGACAUUAAAGAAGCUCUCUUCAGUAUUGUUGAAGAUAAGUCUCCUGGCCCCGAUGGUUUCACUUCUUGUUUCUUCAAAAAGGCUUGGGGAGCCAUUGGCAAGGACUUUACUCAUGCAGUGAAAGAAUUUUUUGUGAAAGGAAGAAUGUUGAAGCAGAUUAAUCAUGCUAUUAAUACCUUGAUUGCUAUAUCUAAUCAUGCAUCAACAGUGCAAGAUUUCAGACCUAUUUCCUGUUGUAAUGUUAUUUACAAAGUCAUCUCUAAAAUCAUGGUGAGCAGGAUUAGACCUUGCUUAGAUUAUCUGGUGAACCCAGCUCAAUCUGCUUUCAUCGGCCAGAGAAGCAUGAUUGAUAAUGUAUAUUUGGUCCAGGAGCUUGUGAGGAAGUAUGGUAGGAAGUGGAUCUCUCCAAGAUGCAAGCUCAAGGUGGACUUGAGAAAGGCUUAUGACACUAUCUCCUGGAAGUUCUUGGAAGGUAUGCUUGAAAAGCUUAAUUUUCCUAGCAUCAUGAUUAAUUGGAUUAUGCAAUGUGUCACUACCACCUCUUUCUCUAUUUCCUUUAAUGGAGGGUAUCAUGGCUUCUUUAAAGGAAGAAGGGGUAUUAGACAAGGUGACCCCCUGUCUCCAUUGCUUUUUGUGUUGUGCUUAGAGUACCUUUCGAGAUUGUUAAUGUCUUUGGAGGAGAAAGAUGAGUUUAAAUUUCACCCCAAGUGUGGAAGGUUGAAGAUCACUCACCUAGAUUUUUCUGAUGACUUAAAUUUUUUUUCUAGAGGUGACUUGACUUCAGUGAAGAGUAUUCUGGAGUGCCUGGAUAAAUUUUCUGCUUGUUUUGGUCUCAAGGCUAACUGUUCAAAGUCUAAUGUGUACACUGCUGGUAUGAGGGGUGCUGAUUUGGAAGAUAUCAGGGAAGCUAUUGGUUUUGCUGUUGGGGAAUUUCCUUUUAGAUACUUGGGCAUUCCUUUUGCCUCUACUAGACUCAACUCUGCUCAAUAUGGGUCUCUUGUGAAUAAGAUUGCCAGUCUGUUUGGCUCUUGGCCUGGGAAUUUAAUUUCUUAUACGGGUAAAUUAGAGCUUAUUAGCUCUGUUAUUCAGGGUGUUGAAUGCUUCUGGUUGGCUAUUUUCCCUCUCCCAAAAGCUGUGCUAGGCCAUAUUGUGAAGCUAUGUAGAUCCUUUCUUUAG